UGCCUUAGGGCCAUGGCGGCCCCGGCUUCCCUCCUUCUGCCUCUCGCCCAACCACACCUCUCGGUUACGCUCCCCCCUUUUCAAAGCCCCGGUCCUUUCGUUCGUCCUCCAGCCAGCCACCUCGACGAGACGUCCUCCGAUCGGGAGGUCAAGCCCGUUCCACCAAUCCCCACUUGACGCCUUGACCACCCCCAUCGAGUCCAUCUGGCUGGAUCUCGAGAUCCCAGUGUGGGGCGCUCUGGCUCCCUCCGAGAUUUCGUUUUCUCCAGCAAAGUACACCGCUACAUACGACUCCGGACUAGCGAGUGUCAUUUUACCACAUUGAACCCGACUCGAGGUGAACCCUGCCUGUCAUCACGGACGGGAGGAGAUGAUGCUGCUGCUGUCAAUAUAAUCCUGGGGUGACGUCGAGUGUGUCCUCGACAUGGUCGCAGGUUUCAGAAUUCAGCUCACUAUGCAAUGUCGUCUACUACCCAGCUCUCCCACCCCACAAAGGUGUCCGAUGGAGGCAGAACAAUGUCCUGCCCAUAGUGUUCUCCGUACGGAAUAUGGAGGACAGAUACUGUACCUUACUGAUUUAAAACAAAAUCCCCAGAAUGGACCACUAGAAAAGACCCGGUUUCAAGCGCCUCGACGUGCCGUGUUCAAAGCGACUGACCCACCCCCUUUCCCAAGCAAGAAAGCAAAGCUGGAGCUUCCCCCCACCAGCCAAGGAAAGAAAAAAAGACCUACGGGAUGAUCUCUUACUGCGUUGAGUGUGGUUCGUCAUUGCAGCUGCCACCAUGAUGCCACCCAGCUCUUGAGCUUGUUCCACGCGGGGCCGCUGGUGUGAUUGGUAAACCGGGCUCCUCGCCCUGGACUACGGGCAGAUCGAGGCUAAGGCUCUGACGAACCUUUCCAUUCCCAAUCAGAUCGGCCCUGGUCAUUCAAUCAGCUAUUGGUAAUAACAAAUGCGCCACUGCGGACGCUCCACAGUCCUGCAGGAGCUGACUUGGGUUGCCCGCGCAGCUCGUUUUUAAACCCGCCGAUGCGCGCACUGCAUACGAGCCCUUCCUUCCCCCUCUCCUCUGUUUCUCCCUCCCCCCUAAUCUGGCUUUUGCUAGUCAUUCUCAAUUAUUCGUUGUGGUUUCUGUCUAAUAAUUUUCAUUUUUUAUUUGUGCCUUUCUGCGCUCAGUUUUCGAGUGAACGUCCCGUCUGUGUAGGAGAGCCCCAGAAACAACCGUCGCCAUGUUGCGGAGAUUCUCUACCCAGUUCAAGAGGAAUAAGGAUUCCAAGGAUACCAAUGGCGAUUCGGAGCAGCCCAAGAGCUCCAAGGAGAACAGCAAGCGCUUCUCCAAGCCUGCGCAACCCGUGCGCAAGUCGACUUCUCAUGAGGAGAAGCAUCAACCUGUGAACCGGGCUGAAGUCGUCGCUGUUUUCGAAAAGUAUGCGCAGGCCAUUCACGCCUCGCGCGAGCCAUUGCCGAACCAGACUGGUGAUGGCACCUAUCUCAAGCAUGACCAGUCUUCUGGCCUGUUCAAUGACAUCAAGUCGCUGGGUUUCCGCGAUCUCAACACCGUCAAGGACCUGAUCAAGAACAAGGCCUCCGGCGAACUGAUCGACGACAAGACCUACCUCAUGGAGCGCAUCAUUCAGCUUGUCGCCGACAUGCCCGGCCACUCCAAGAACCGUACCGAGCUCACUAACCAGUUCCUGGACGAGCUUUGGAACUCUCUACCCCACCCCCCUCUCUCUUUUAUGGGCGAUGACUACAAGUACCGCUCCGCCGAUGGCUCCAACAAUAACCCUACGCUUCCCUGGUUGGGCGCUGCUAAUACCCCCUACUGCCGCACCAUCCCUCCCCUGACCAUCCAGCCCACCGGUCUGCCCGACGCUGGUCUGAUCUUCGAUAGUCUCUUUGCCCGUCAAGAGUUCACCCCUCACCCCAACAAGGUGUCUAGUGUUUUCUUCGACUGGGCCUCUCUCAUCAUCCACGACAUUUUCCAGACCGACUACCGCCAACAGCACCUGAACAAGACCUCUGCCUACCUUGAUUUGUCCAUUCUAUACGGUGAUGUCCAGGAGCAGCAGGAUCUGAUCCGUUCUCACCAGGGUGGUAGGCUGAAGCCCGACUGCUUCUCCGAGGGUCGUCUGCAGGCCCUCCCUGCUGCCUGUGGUGUCCUCCUGGUCAUGCUUAACCGUUUCCACAACCACGUUGUGGAGCAGUUGGCUGAGAUCAAUGAGAACGGUCGCUUCACCAAGCCCCGCGACGGUCUGCCCGAGGAGGAGGCUAAGAAGGCCUGGGCCAAGUAUGACGAGGACCUGUUCCAGACCGGUCGUCUGAUUACUUGCGGUCUGUACAUCAACAUCACCCUCUACGAUUAUCUCCGCACCAUCGUCAACUUGAACCGCACCAACUCCACUUGGUGCCUGGACCCCCGUGCCCAGAUGGAGAAGGCGGGUGCUACUCCCUCCGGUCUCGGUAACCAAUGCUCCGUCGAGUUCAACCUGGCCUACCGCUGGCACUCAACUAUUGCUCAGGGUGAUGAAAAGUGGAUUGAGCAGGUUUACUUUGAUCUUAUGGGCAAGCCCGCUGAGGAGGUUAGCAUGCACGAGUUGCUAAUGGGCAUGAAGAAGGUUGAUAGCUUGCUCGAUCCUGAUCCGUCCAAGCGUACCUUCGCCCGCCUGCAGCGCCAGGAGGACGGAACCUUCAAGGAUGAGGAGCUUGUGCAAAUUCUCACCCACGCUUGCGAGGAUGUUGCCAGUUCCUUCGGUCCCCGUAACAUUCCCAAGGCCCUCCGUUCUAUUGAGAUCCUCGGUAUCGAGGCUUCUCGUAGGUGGCACGUUGGUUCCCUCAACGAGUUCCGUAAGCACUUCGGCCUGAAGACUUACGACACUUUCGAGGAGAUCAACUCCGACCCCGAGAUUGCCAACAACCUGCGCCACCUGUACGAGCACCCCGACUACGUUGAGCUGUACCCCGGUAUUAUUUGCGAGGAGCCCAAGGAGCCCAUGAUCCCUGGUGUCGGUAUUGCCCCGACCUACACCAUCUCGCGUGCUGUGCUGUCUGAUGCCGUUGCACUGGUCCGCGGUGACCGUCACUACACUGUUGACUACAACCCUCGCAACCUGACGAACUGGGGUUACAAUGAGUGCCGCUACGACCUGAACAUCAACCAGGGCUGUGUCUUCUACAAGCUGGCCACCCGUGCUUUCCCCAACUGGUUCAAGCCUGACUCGAUCUACGCUCACUAUCCUAUGACCAUCCCCAGCGAGAACCGCAACAUUAUGAAGAACUUGGGCCGUGAGCAGGACUACUCCUACGACCCCCCUUCGUUCACUCCGUCGCGCAUCAACCUCUCCUCUCACCAAAACGCCAAGCUGGUUUGGGAGAACCAAAAGGACUUCAAGCCGGCCUGGAGCGGUGCUAUGGAGGAACUGUUCGGCAAAGGCGAAUUCGAUGCUCAGCAGCGCGAGGCUAUGGGCAAGGCCUUCAACACCGAGGACUUCCCCACCCUGGUCAAGAAGUUCUACGAGGAUGUCACUCUUCGUCUCAUCAAGGAGAAGGGCGCCAAGCUGGCUGGUAUCAACCAGAUUGACAUCACUCGCGACGUUGGUAACCUUGCCCACGUCCACUUUGCCUCGACCCUCUUCGGUCUGCCCUUGAAGACCGAGGAGAACCCUCGCGGCCUCUUCACUGAGCACGAGAUGUACAUGAUCCUCACCACCAUCUACUCUGCCCUCUUCUUUGACGUCGACGCCCCCAAGUCGUUCUCUCUGAACCGCGCUUCCACUGCUGUCUCUCAGCAGCUCGGCAAUGUCGUGGAGGCUACCGUCAAGGCUGAUACCAACAGCGGUCUGCUGUCUGGCCUGAUUGACAACUUCCGUCCCCACGACAACGCCCUCCGCGAGUACGGCACCGCCGCUCUCCGUCGCCUGGAGGAGUCUGGCCUGAGCGCUUCUCAGAUCACUUGGUCCCAGAUCAUCCCGACCAUCGUCGGCAUGGUCCCCAACCAGGGUCAGGUUUUCACCCAGAUCAUCGAGUACUACACUUCGCCCGAGGGCAAGAAGCACUGGGCCGAGAUCAGCCGUCUCGCUAAGGAGGACACCAAGGAUUCCGACGAGAAGCUGUACCGCUACUGCUUGGAGGCCAUUCGUAUCAACGGUACCUUCGGUGCCUACCGCGAAGCCCGAAACGCCGUCACCGUCGAGGAGAAUGGCAAGACAAUCGAGAUCCAACCCGGUAACAAGAUCUUCGCCUCCUUUGUCCAGGCCAACCACGACCCCAGUGUCUACCCCGAGCCCAACGAGGUUAACCUCGGCCGCCCUAUUGACUCCUACAUCAACCACGGCCAGGGUCCCAGCACCGGCUUCGGUAAGGAGAUUACCAAGAUUGCUCUCGUCGCUAUGCUGCGCGUUGUCGGUCGUCUGCAGAACCUCCGCCGCGCUCUGGGUGCCCAGGGCCAGCUCAAGAAAGUUCGCCAGGAGGGCGGUUACUAUGUCUACCUCCGCCAGGACGGUACCUCGUACUUCCCCUUCCCGAUGUCGCUCAAACUUCACUGGGAUGGUGAGUUCGACUUUGGCAAGACCGAGCCGGCGAAGAAGAACUAAGCUCUCGUCUGAACCUUGGGAAAAUACCAACAUCUCAAAUAAUGAGUCGUGUGUCAUGUUGGAGACGUGGUUUAAUGUACGGCAUGCUAUGUGCGUGGUCAUGUUUUAUGUUUUGAUAUUUGUUUCAGAGACAAAGUUGUCUCCCGGGAUAUCCAGAGAUUGUGAUUUAUUUUAGGACAGUUUUGUAGUUGUAGUGUAUACUUGCAAUGAUGAGAUUCUAUGUUUGCACACAAUGAUU